UCAGAAUUUGGUGACGAAAAAAAAAUUGCCUGCUAUACUGCCUUAGAAAUUCUCGAUAAGAUCAAAGUUAGUAAAAAUGGCGAAUGGAUAAGUUUUUAUGAAUCAUCUCUUUAUAAUUGUUUCAGUAAGCUUAAUUUUUUUGCCAGAGAUGAAGAAAGGGACAAUGUUUGGUAUCGUUUGAAGGAAAUUUAUAUGGAAUUAUUUAUCGCAAGUCGAAGAAUAUGGAAAGAAAAAAAUAAGCCAGAGCGGCUCGCACUUUAUGAAUCUUUUUCUAAAUUGAUAAAGUUUUACUUGGAUGUCGCGGAUUCAGAUUCACUUAAAAUUUGCAGUGAUGCUGCUAGAGAAGCGAAAUUUUUAGGAAGAGGAUCGCUAGAUGAUGAAGAAUUUCGUGAUGCCAAUGCGCAUAUUAAUGAAAUCAAAAAGAAUAUCAGUGAAGCUGAACGUGGAAAGUCGGAUUUAACUGAAACAUAA